AUGAAGUACUCCUACACCUUCGCUUCCCUCAGCAUGCUGGGCUGUGCCCUCGCCCUGCCUGCCCCUCAGUUCCCCGGUUUCCCAGGCUUCGGCGGUGGCGAUGACGAAGGCAGUGUCCCUACCGGCCUCCCCACCCCGACUGGCGACUUCCCCUUCCCGACCUCGGGCUUCCCAACCGGCCUUCCGACUGGCCUCCCUACGGGCUUCCCUACGGGCCUCCCAAUUCCCUCCGGUUUCCCUGGAUUCCCCGGCUUCCCAGGCGGAGGCGAGGAAGGCGAAUCCGGAGAAGGCAGCGAACUCCCUACGCCCACCUCCACCACCGAGAAGCGCCAAUUUCCCGGCCUCGGCGGCAGCGACAGCACCGGAACCGAGAGUGGAAGCGGCCUAGGCGACCUCUUCCCCUCUGGCUUCCCCGACCUCAGCGACAUCUUCCCCUCGGGAUUCCCCGACCUCGGCGAUCUGUUCCCCGGCUUCGGUGGUGGCGAUGAGGGUGAGGGUGACUCCGCCAUCCCAACACCUACCAGUGGCUUCGGCGGCUUCCCCGGCGGCGGUAGCUUCCCUACCCCCACCGGCGAGCCCUUCCCCUCGGGCUUCCCUGACUCUGGAGCCCCUGGACCCAGCGGCUUCCCGUCUCAGACUGCCGUUCCUUUCCAGGGUUAA